GCGCCUUUUUCGCCCAAGCAGACACAAUUUGUAUAUCAUGGUCAGUUGCCACUCAGACCUAUCCGAGCGCUGCUGAGACGAUUCAUGCUCACAGAUGAUAGCGUGUGACGCACCGGCCAGGUCAUGACGAGCUGACGCAAGUAUGCUAUGUAUGUGACAAAGCGCCGCAGCUGCAAGUUGUACAAUGUAUCACUUUGCAUGAUGUCUGACCACGCGGUAUUGCCUUGCUUAGCAUAUGUCCUAAGCUUGCUAGUCGGAGAAUUUGAAGGCGGUCUGUGCUCAACUGUUCGACUUACUGUCAUCCUCGGUUUCUACGCCUUGUGUAAUGUCGUCGACCAUAUUCCGAAUCCUGCGCAGAGUUGCGCUAUGCCUGCAGAUGGCUUUCUUGGCCUGUCUGCUCGGCGUCGGCAUGUCGGCGCACGCCCGUAGCACGGAGAGCUUUCGGAGCACGCGUCAGUCUAUCCGAGUACUUCGUAGCCAUGUGCUGAUCAACAGUGCAGAGGAUGCGAUUGCGGAACUGAUGUUUGCAGCCGCGCUAUCGCUCGUGCUCAGUGCAUUCAUGCUGUACCUUACGCCAGUCAAGGCGGAUCUGCUGCUGACCCGCGCGCAGGCUGGCCGGAUCAAUCAAGUUUGCUCUCGCGACGACGGUAUGGUUCGAGUUGCUGCUCCUGAGCGCACAAUGGCUCGUCUUGGUCGGGUACGUCCGCAGACAGCGUGCCGAGUCGACUUGAUCUGCGAGGGGCAGAGGAUCUAUCGCAUUGUCAAUUCGCAUGCCUCAUCUAGCAAUUGCUUGCUCGCUCGACGACGGACACUGCAGCGGUAUACAAGCAGUACUAGCACUUAGUUGGCUAGCUUGGACGACCAUCUCGCUUCUGCUCCUCUGUGAGAUCAUCUUGCUCGUGCCGCAUCUCUCGGCGAGCGAUAGAUCGAUAUUCGAUAGGCCACUCGACGACCUGGCGAGUCAGCCAGGCGAUCGAUACGCUCGCAGAAUGCCCGAUAUGACCAGCGCAGCCCGACUCUCGUCGUCACAUCGUGUGUCGGUCAGCUCGGAAAGACCUCUGUGGGUAAGCAAUGAAAGUAGGGGGCUUGACUGAGCGAGUGUGCAGGCGAGGCUCG